CUGGAGCUCUUCGCAAUUGCGGGUGGGGUCAACGCCGCGCUGGACUUCUGGAACGUCUUCCUCUUCACGUUCGUGCAGAACCGCAUCGUGCGAAGGCUGCGAUCCACGCUGUUCGCGAAGAUCCUUGGGCAGGAGAUUGGGUACUUUGACGUGACCAGCGCGGGGAGCAUAUCGUCGCGGCUCACCGCUGACACCACCGAGAUUGCCUCCAACCUCUCAUGGGUGUUCCGCAACGUCACCGAGGCCGUGGUCAGGGUCACAGGUAUUGCGGUCUAUCUGAUGCUACAGAACUGGAGGUUAGGGCUCGUCGCUUGCGCCAUCAUACCGAUAACCACAGCGGCGAAUAGGAUUUACGGGGAGUGGAUGACAAAGAACGCGACAGCCACACAGGACUCGCUCGCGGCAGCUAAUCACGUAGCGCUGGAAGCUAUCGGCUCGAUAAGAACCGUCGUGAGCUUCGCGAACGAAACACACGAGAUCAAGCGGUACGACAGCGCUCUGGGGCGGUGGUACGCGCUGUGCAAUCGUCAAGCCGUUGUCACCGGAGUUUACUUCUCUGUGAUUUACUCUUUCCUGUCACAGCUGCUCGUCCCUGUGGCGCUGUUGGUGUACGGCAGUCACCUCGUAAUGAGCGGCAGAAUGCACCCCGAGCGUCUCAUAGCGUUCAUGCUAUACCAGGGGCAGCUGCAGGAGUACGUCAGCAAUCUGCUGAACGCCUUCACGUCCAUGUACAAGAGCAGCGGGUCGGCGGCGGCGGUGUUUGAGCUCAUUGACAGGACGCCGGUUGGGAACAAUAAGGGUUCACACGUGGUGACGCCGUUCCUAGGCGCAGUGGAGCUGCGCGAUGUUCACUUCUGUUAUCCUGCGAGGCCCGAAAAGGUAGUGUUGAACGGUUUGGCUUUAAGAGCGGAACCUGGCGAGUUUAUUGCCUUAGUCGGCGGCAGCGGAAGCGGCAAGUCCACCGUGUUCCAUUUGCUACAACACUUUUACGAGCCCCAAAUGGGUGUCGUGGCGCUGGACGGCGUGGACGUCAGUUUGGUGUCUCACGCGUGGCUGCACAGGGUGAUGGCGUGCGUUGGGCAGGAGCCCGUCCUGUUCUCGGGCACGGUGCUCGAGAACAUAACUUACAUUGUUGACGGCGAGGUCAUCAGCGCCGCGAUGGCGGCCAACGCUCACACGUUCGUCACCUCCAUGCCCCGUGGGUUCCACACUCAGGUUGGCGAAAGGGGAGUGCAGCUCAGUGGUGGACAGAAGCAGCGAAUCGCAAUCGCCCGUGCCAUCUUAUGUAACCCGGCUGUGCUUCUGUUAGACGAGGCGACGUCGGCGCUGGACGCCGCGUCCGAGGCGCAGGUGCAGAGUGCGCUGGAUAACGCCAUGAACGGGCGAACCACCCUGGUUAUCGCGCACAGGCUGAGCACAGUUAAAAAUGCCGAUAAGAUAUUUGUGCUGCACCGCGGCGCGGUUGUGGAGGAAGGGACGCACGAGGAACUGA